AUGGCGGACGACACGGUAGUUUUCUUCCACAAAGACCUUCCUAUGACUGCAUUUCCAACUAUUGCAGAUAUAAGAAGGCAAGGACAGCUUUGCGAUGUGACAUUAAAGGUUAAGUAUGCACGUUUUCAAAUGAUAUAGGCCCCAAUGUAAGCUUAAUCUUUUCAAAUGUAGAAAAUUCCAUGUAGCACUUGUAAUCAUUGAAAUAUCCUCAUCAGCUCCAGGCAAAGAAACAUUGCAAAUCCCCUCUACAUGCAUAGGAGCCAAAAUGAUCAAUAAAUUGAUCGUGGGCCCUUAAUAUAUAGAAGAAGAAGAUGUGUAGACUUCUGAUGAUACUCAGAUAGUGAUAGUUAGCUGAUACUACUGAUACAAAGUCAAGACAAAGUCACCAACACGGAUGUCCUGUCCCAAACAAACAUGUAUAGUAUAGCGUCCCAGCCAUGUUAAUCCAAAGACGCCUCCGCUGGCUUGGACACGUCAAGCGAAUGCAACCUGGUCGCAUACCAAAGGACGUGCUAUACAGCGAGCUGGCGACAGGGAAAAGGUCAGUUGGACGGCCUCGUCUGAGAUACUUACACAUAUGCAAAAGAGGCAUGAAGUCAGCCAACAUCGACAUCUCAAACUGGGAGGAGCUGGCAGAGGAUCGAUCCUUAUGGCGGAGCAUCAUGAAGGCAGGAUUGGACGGCCUCGUCUGAGAUACUUACACAUAUGCAAAAGAGGCAUGAAGUCAGCCAACAUCGACAUCUCAAACUGGGAGGAGCUGGCAGAGGAUCGAUCCUUAUGGCGGAGCAUCAUGAAGGCAGGAUCACUACAUGCCGAGGAGCAAAACAGGGCGGAAACAGCUGCAAAAAGAGCGAGGAGGGAGGCCGGUAAAUACUGCUCCACCGCAUUCGUGUGUGGGAAAUGCAACAGAGACUGAGACUGCCAUUCGAGGAUUGGUCUCACCAGCCACACCAAGAGCUGCAAGCAAUAAAGAUAAUCUAUCGUCUCCCACAGACGGAAAGAUGCCAUACUACUGAUAGUAAUAGUAGUGAUAGACUACGUUGCUGCAACCAAGUACUGGCAUAUGUGCAACGGUUUGGGAAACAAUGCGGCUAUCCUAACACCUCCUAGCGGGUGCCAGGGAAGCCUUGAAGCUCUCGAUAGAUUGCGAGUCCACGGUGGCAUUGUCCAGUUGGUUCCAAGCAGUUAUUGUUUGAAAUUUUGUUUAUAUGGAAUAUGGGGUGACCAUUUUAGAUUAUUCGAGAAGAGAAUUCCAAGGUAUGGAUUAUUUGAUACUUGUUGGAGAAUGGGCUUGUUUAGAGAGUACAUAUAGGUUGAUGGGGUGGGUAUUUUUUAGAUGCUCAUUGUGUAGCAUUUGGUUUCGUUAAAUAUCAUGCCCCAUUUGUCCGAGCGAUUCAUAAGGCAAAUCUGGUUGGAGGUGGUUGUGGUCAUCGUAGUCAUUUAUCUCUCUGUAGACAGGACAGUCAUCUGCAAACAGUCUCACUUGAGAUUUUGAGGGAGGAAGAGAAGGGGGCCCAACACUGUACCCUGAGGAACUCCUGAGUCUACAGUGGCUUUGCUUGAUUGGACGCCAUCCACCACUACUUGCAUGGUCCUUUGUGUUAGGAAUGUUGAGAGUCAGGAAUGAAAGUUGCCGAUAAUGCCCUAGUGGUAGAGCUUAUGUAGAAGAAGGCUGUGUGGAACAGUGUCGAAGGCCUUGGAGAAGUCGAGAAUAGCCUUGUCGAUCUGUUUACCUUUGUCAUAGAAUAAAAGGAGAUCAUUUGUGGUGAUGAUUAAUUGAGUUUCUGUUGAUAAUAUAUGACAUCAGGCCCUCUCUAAAUGACAUAAGUAAUGACAUCAGGCCCUCUCUAAAUGACAUAAGUAAUGACAUCAGGCCCUCUCUAAAUGACAUGAGUGUAAUGACAUCUGGCCCUCUCUGAAUGACAUAAGAUUAACGACAUCAGGCCCUCUCUAAAUUGCAUAAGUGUAACGACAUUGUGAUUACCACUGCAGAUAAAGAUGGUGGUGUUGUUUGAGAAAAAACAUGUAGAUUAAAGAAGCCAAGAAGAUACAAAAUUGUAUAAUUCAACCAAGAACAACCCGAUUGUUGAAAGCAUUGAAAUCCCAUGAGACAAACAAUAAAAGAAUUUAUGAUAAUUCAAAACAUCUACAAAUAUUCAAUAGUGACCCAGAAAAACCUUCUUUCUAUCUACUGCCUAACCUUCACAAAAUAGACAACCUGGAUGACCUAAUAUCUCGCACUGAUCUUGCUUUACAGAACAUAUCUCAUAAUUUUUUUAUGGGAUCUCCAGCUUUUUGUAAUUACUUUACUCACAUAUAUUAAGGACACCAACCACCACAUAUAUUAAGGACACCAACCACCACAUAUAUUAAGGACACCAACCACACUUUAAAACAUUAAAUUCCCUAAACAUUACCCCUUAUACAAAACAUAUCCUGUUUAUACUUGAUGUCAGCGCCUUAUACAACGUUUAUUCCAUAAGCUGAUGGUAUUAAGGCUUUUCUUCAAAAUCAAACCACUUCCAUUACUUUAUAAUGACAGACUUAACUGACAGGCCGAACUGGAACUCACCCUCAGCUCUUUGAAAAAUCGCCAUAAAAAGUGUCAUAUCUUUAUGGAUGGUCUCUGUAAUGGUAAAUCCUAUUUGUUUUUUAAUUCCCAUAGGUAGCAGAUCAAAAGUUUUCUGCACAUCGCAUCAUCCUGGCAGCAACCAUCCCAUAUUUCCAGGCCAUGUUUACACACGAUAUGGUUGAAACAAAGCAAGCUGAGAUAACAAUGGAAAGUAUAGAACCAAGGUAAAAUAAAUGAGGCUGUACAAAAUAUUGAAGAUUGCACAUACUGGAAGGGCAACUGAGUUAAUAGUCUCAGCUUCUCCAACUGAUUAAAACCUUAGGAACAAUUAUAAUUUGUGAUAUUUUAAUUAUCAGGAUAUUUAAACUGCAAUAAUAACAAUAUCUGUAAAUUAUGAUUUUAAUACUUGUAGCUGUAAUUAUAAUUUUUAAAAUGUUGAUUCUUCCGACAUUGAUUAUUGUCCAUAACAAUUUGUAACAUUCUUUUUUCAAGUAAAGAACUAUAACUUUUUAUAAUCUAAUAUUUUCUCAGCAUUGGGUAAGGGUGGUGCAGGGUGUCACAGACUAAUGAUGGUCGUAUGAGGUAUCGGCCAUUGCGUACCAAGUAGUGUUGGUGUUGGUUGAGGCAGGGGUUCCAUUGCGUACCAAGUAGUGUUGGUUGAGGCAGGGGUUCCAUUGCAUACCAAGUAGUGUUGGUUGAGGCAGGGGUUCCAUUGCAUACCAAGUAGUGUUGGUUGAGGCAGGGGUUCCAUUGCGUACCAAGUAGUGUUGGUUGAGGCAGGGGUUGCUCCUCUCUGUGACAAGUUCAGUGUCCAGACGUUGAGGAAAUAUAACGAAGACAACACAGACUUGAAAGAAUGACUAAGAAAUUCCUCAUUGACAACUAUAAAUAAAGAAUGUAUUAAUAGAUCCAAUACAGUCUAAUGAUGUUCCUUUUCAAACCGUUAACAUCCAUUAAUCUUCAACGCUUUCCAACUUCCAAAACAUCCAUUAAUUUUCAACGCUCUUUAACCUCAAAACAUUUCUUUCUUCCCCCGGAUAUCGCACCUAGCUCAUUCUUUUUAAAUAAAACUGGUGCCACAUAUCAGGGAAAUUCCUAACAAACGCAUUAUAAAUUACAUGAAAAAGCAAUAGAGCGCCAUUUUUACACCCCAACCCAGUCAUUUGUGACACAGGGGUGGGAGGGUUCCCACAAGUACCAAGAUCCACCACCUCUUGUAGGGUAUAUGAUUGCACCAGGUUGAGGAUAGUAGGACACUGAAAAAAGUCCAUGCAGACCGAGGCAUGGGUAGUGCAGACUGUCGCAAUCUGCAACGGCCGUUGGGUACCAUCAUCAAUGAGCACAACUGUCAGAUUGUAAGCGACACACACAUUAGUUAUCAAUCAAGGGUUGCUAGUUAAUGAUAAAUAUCCAUUUAGAUGGAGGGACGUGUGAAGUUAAUCAGAGCACCAUGGAAUAGAAACAAUUCACAGAUGCAGAAAUAGAUACUGGUAGUCCAAGAGAUGCCACGACUAAUGGUGUAGAAACAAUUCGCAGAUGCAGAAAUAGAUACUGGUAGUCCUAGAGAUGCCACGACUAAUGGUGUAGAAACAAUUCGCAGAUGCAGAAAUAGAUACUGGUAGUCCUAGAGAUGCCACGACUAAUGGUGUAGAAACAAUUCACAGAUGCAGAAAUAGAUACUGGUAGUCCCAGAGAUGCAACGACUCAUUCAGGGACUAAUAAAAGGGGGCCAUUAGUGGGGACUAGGGAAGAAUUAAUCCAGGUAGGAGAAUAUGACAGUUGGGGAGAACAAAGCCAGAGAGCAGUCAAAGUAACAAUGGAGGGUACCACAGUACAGUUGAGGGUCUGACUUGGGCAGUAGAGAGAGAUGAGCUGUGACAGUCAGAGCUGAGUACCAGACAAGUGAAAGGGAAUCAUAGUAGCAGAUAAAUAAAGAUCAAAGGUGUAACCAUUGACAAGUUGUCUGUUAUCUGAUUGUUGCAGUAAAGUGAGCAAGAUUAUCAUCCAAAAUAAAUGUAUUAGAGAUCAAAGAGCAGAAUUUUGACCAGUAAAUGUUUGCUUCAGUAUUGAUUUGCUUUUGUUUUAUUAAAACUUUUACUGACCAAGUCCGAAGUUCUGCCAUUUAGCAAAGUGGUGAGAAAUCCCUGAUCAAAAUCUGAUGUGGGGUUAUAAAAAUGAAAAACUGUUGUGUAAUUCAUAAUGGGACCCAUGAUUAUAGAGAUCAAUAAUUUACCAUAAUUUAUAUGCUUUACCCAUAUAUAUAUAUAUAUAUAUAUGGCAUCCUUCCAUCUUCUCCAGACGACAAAGUAGCUAUUACAUGGGGUGUGGUGCCAAUCCUAAAAUGGCAGUCAUGGCUGCACUUCUCUCAGGAGAACCUUUAUCAGCUUUACUGUCGUAAUUAAAUUAUUUGAUAAUUUUAAAUAUAAUGUAAUGAAAUUAUACAGGCCUACUUAAGUCUGCUCAUGGCUUUUUUCUUCCGGCUUAAGCUUAUCACCCCUUUCCUUUUCGCAAACUGGCCAAAUCACAAAAUUAAGAAAAGAUUGGACAGUCAGUUUACAGUGACAUUGGCAUUUUGGCUGAUUCCCUGUUUUGGCCGUGACAUAGUCAUUUUUUGCCCUAAUCUACUGAUGUAAAACAAAUUUAAUUUCUUUUUGUUGUUUCCAGUGCUCUGGAGGCUCUUAUCAACUUUUCCUAUACUGGCCGGGUGGUGAUAGAUAUGAACAAUGUUCAGUCACUGCUCAUCGUUGCUGGAUUUCUUCAUAUGCAAGCUGUCAAGGAUGCUUGCACCACAUAUCUUAAGAACAGGUCGGUCCAGAGAUUGAUCUAAAGCAAAGAUAUGCUGCAGUUCAAUGCAUGAUUUUAAAUAUAUUUCAACAGAUAUCAUCACUAAGACCACCUUGAUUUUAAAUAUUCCAUGAAAGAGGACACCAUUCAUAUAGUUGAACCAGAUAUUUCUUUGUAACAUUUUUAUUUUCAAUUUAAUUUUUAAUAUUCAUAUUUAAUAAUUUAUCUGUCAAAAUGUAAACCCUAUAAUGAAGGCAGCUUCAGACCUCCAACUGCAAAUACCAUCAUUUAUGAAAAGAAUCUCAAGACUUAAGUCACUGUUAUGUCAAUGUUAUUUAAGUCUAAAAGUAUGUUCACAAAACAUAUUACUGCUUAUUGUUAUAAUAUGAUUGAUGUAAAAAAAAAAAAAAAAUAUUGUGAAGAGUUUACUGGUUUAACAGCAUCUAAAUAAUAUGAACUAAUACAAAUUAUAUAAUUAUUUACUUUAAAUUCAUGUUAUACAAUCAUUACCAAUAUGUAACUUAAAAACAUUUUUUAAAAUAAUGCUACGGUGUAUAAAUUAACUAUUGCCUUCUUGCCACAGAUUUGUAUGUCAUUGUAUGUCCACGGUCUUAAAAGGGUAUCACCUGGAAUUGCACAUAAAAACAUGCCAUCUGUGUUCUCUUUUAAAUCACUGUAGCCACAUUUUUGUAUGAACCUUGUUGGUUUGCAGACUCGAACCCAGUUCAUGCCUGUCUGUUAGGCAGUUUGCCGACCAGUACCAAUGUCCUAGUUUAGUUGAGGCAUCCAACAAGUACAUCCAGAACAACUUCAGACAGGUCAGUUUUUAUGAGUCAUGAAUACAGCUUAAAAGUGCAGGAAAGCAAAUUUAAAAAAUAGUUGAAUAGGUUCCGCUAGUGGGGAAAUGAAACAAAUUUACUGACCAUAUUGUAUAUUAUGUUUUGAUUUUUUUAAAUAUCAGAUCCUCCGCCAUAUGUUUAAAAAAAAAUUUGAUAUUACUUCAAUAAAUCUGUUAAUGUUUAUUCUUUUGUAAUCACAUAUACAAUAAAGUCAAUAGGGGUGCCUCAAUACUUAGACAAUUUUAUACCAAUAUGGUGGCUGGUGGAGGGCUGCCAAUAUGGUGGCUGGUGGAGGGCUGCCAAUACGGUGGCUGGUGGAGGGCUGCCAAUAGGGUGGCUGGUGGAGGGCUGCCAAUAGGGUGGCUGGUGGAGGGCUGCCAAUAGGGUGGCUGGUGGAGGGCUGCCAAUAGGGUGGCUGGUGGAGGGCUGGCAAUAUGGUGGCUGGUGGAGGGCUGCCAAUAUGGUGGUUGGUGGUGGUGGAGGGGUGCAAAUAGGGUGGCUGGUGGAGGGGUGCCAAUAGGGUGGCUGGUGGAGGGCUGCCAAUAGGGUGGCUGGUGGAGGGCUGCCAAUAGGGUGGCUGGUGGAGGGCUGUCAAUAUGGUGGCUGGUGGAGGGCUGCCAAUAUGGUGGUUGGUGGAGAGCUGCCAAUAUGGUGGUUGGUGGAGGGCUGCCAAUAUGGUGAUUGGUGGAGGGCUUGGAAUCAAACACUCUUUUUCAGUCAUAUUUUUAUUAAAUUUAUUCAGCUGUUGAUAGAUAGAAUAAUAUGAAUACUUCCAUAGAAUGAAAUGGCCUUUGGCUUAAUCCAGUUUUUUUAAAAAUUAUGUCUCUGUCGGGCUUUGUGUCUUAAAUAUGGGAUUUAUAAUUAAGUAGCCGAGGAACGAUGUUCAUGCUGUUAAAACCCUCACUUGUGACAUGCAGACAUUGAAACAUUCAUAUUUACUCUCUCUUCAGGUGGCACAAUCUUCAGACUUUGUUCUCUUGCCCAAGUCAGAGGUCCUGGAGAUCCUGUCACGAGAUGAACUCUAUGUGACAACAGAGGAGCAGGUGCAACAAUUUUUAUGCAUUAUUUUUUUUCACAACUUUUAUGAUAUGAUCAACGGAACGCAACUUGAGUGCUGUUCAUUGUAAUGUUGGCUUGCUGUGCAUUGUUUAGUUGGCUUCCUACUAGAAAGAAACAAAUCUUGACUGACUUAAGUUAGUCUUUUUUUUACAUUAUCUUUUAAAAGAUUUUGACUGAGUUUGUGGUCAUAAGGCUGUAAGUGGACCUGUUAAAUGUCAGGCCAUGAAUGGACCUGUUAAAUGUCAGGCCGUGAGUGGACCUGUUAAAUGUCAGGCCAUGAGUGGACCUGUUAAAUUUCAGGCCAUGAAUGGACCUGUUAAAUGUCAGGCCGUGAGUGGACCUGUUUAAUGUCAGGCAGUGAGUGGACCUGUUUAAUGUCUGGCCGUGAACAGGCCUGUUAAAUUUAAAGCAGAGAUGGAGGCAUGUGAUGUUAAAUGAAAGGCGGAGAUGGGGUCAAUCUCAGGUCAACUAUUCGUUUCAUAUCGUUUGAUGCAGAGAUUGUGGGGAUUGAGGGGGGGAGAAUGCCAUGUUAUCUUGAAGUUCAUUUUGGCCAGCUGCAAUCUCUUGUAACAGAAUUCAACUUGAUGGUAUUAAAUAUGGUACUUGUCUUUUGGACAUGCAUCCCUGUUGUCUUAAACCUCAUCAGUUUUUAAAGUCUCUGGCCAUUAGUUUGACUUAAUAUGCACUGCCUGACUCAAAUCUGAUCAAAUUGUAAAUAAACAGGUCUUUGAGGCAGCCAUGCGCUGGAUCAAGCAUGACCCAGCGAACCGUGUCAAAGAUUUGCCAGAGCUCAUGGUGAAAGUCAGACUGCCUUUGUUGACACCCCAGUACCUAAGUGAUUCGGUGGCCACAGAAGACAUCAUCAAGAAUUCCUUACAAUGCAGGUAGCACAGUUUGUGCACAUUGCGGAAUGUGUUCUAAGCUCAUCCCCCCACACUUGGUAUUCUUUUGAUUAUAAUUGCAACCUAUCCUCAUUAUUUUGUAUCAUCAUUGAAUUUAAGUGGACCACUGAAAAAAGUUCUAUAAUUAAUUGCUUCACACAAUUGUGUUUUCAAAUCAAUCGAAAUGUGCUUUAUUUAAUUAAUUUUUUAAAAUUCACUCUCAUAAUUAAUUUUUUUUUUAAAGAAUUAAAUUGUAUGACCUCAUUUAAUACACAGGGACAACUGGGUAAAUAUGGGAAAGUAAAUAAAUGCAUUAAUACUUGUAAUGUAUUUUAUCAGUACAUAUCUACAUAAUGAUUAUUUAAAUUUAAUGCUUAAAAAAAAAAUUUUUUUUCUAUUAAAUGUAAUCAUGUUCAUGUUUGAUAUUUUUUUCUUUUCAUUCAUCACGAUCUCUAUUUCACUUUGUCCAUUAUAUAUAAUUUAUUGUUAAGAUACAAAAUAAAAUCUCUUGACCUAAACAUUACUAGGCUCUGCCCUCCAGUAUUAAACACUUGACAUUAUUUUCUUGUGUUCCAGAGAUCUGCUGGAUGAAGCCAAGGACUACCACCUGAUGCCGGAGAGAAGGGUCUUGCUGCAGACAUUUAAGACAAGACCCAGGUGCUGCACAGACAUACCAGGAUUUGUAUUUGCUGUGGUCAGUUGUGGUUUAUCAUAGCACGUGAUUUGGCAUCCCCUUUUUAAAAAAUUGUUUUUCAAUGACAAAAUUAAAUGAAAGAGUACAUUAAUUUUUCUAGCUCUGUGUCAUAUGUCGUAUCCGCUUGGAGAUAUGCUACCAACAAAAUAUUUACACAGAUCCCGAUCCUGGGCAAGUUUCUCUCACCCACCCUACCAGCAAGGUUUGAAAGCUCUCGACUAAGAAAUCCAUCUUUCUCCAGAAAUUUUCUUCUUAUUUUUGCUUCUGUUGUGAAUUGUUUUUUGUUUUGUUGCUAGUGGUUUGUGGUAUUUAGCACGUCACCCAGAGUGCUGUAGAUUUCCCUAGCCCUCCGCCUUUCUCAUCUGAACUUGGUAUCUGCAAUUCCAGAGUUUUGGAGACUUCCAUUAUUGUUGAUCUGUUGAGUCAACAAGCAAAUAUUCCUCAUGAUUUGAACCCAUGUUUCAACAAUAUUUGUAAUUUUUUUUAAAAUUCUAGAUGGAAAAAUAAGUUUUGAACAAACAAAUUUGCAAUAAUUUUACAAUUAACAUUUAUAUGAAAGAAAAAUAAAGAAGUAUUAAAAAUAUCUUUAUGUUAGGUGGUUAAAUUGGGCUGAGAAAAGAAGAAAUAUUAUACCAACAUUUAAUUUCACGCUUUAAAAAAAAAUAUAUAUAUUUUAGAAGUGCCAUCUUUAAAUUAGUUUUCAUAAUUUUUGAGUAUUUGAUGACAGGGUGGACUAACAAUGGCUGGAGACUCGCUAAGUACAGUCGAGAGAUAUGAUCCCAUCACUGGUCAGUGGACACUGGGUGAGCCAAUGACAACGAUGAGAAGUCGAGUUGGCGUCACAGUACUUAAAGGUAAUUGUUUCGUUGCAUAUUUUUACAGUGGCUCUGGGUUAUAAAUGUGCCAGAUCUCGUAUUCUCAAAAGUUUGUAAGAUCAAAUAAAUCCUACAGUUGACAGCAGAUAUACCACCUCGGUUGAUGUUUACCACCUGGGUUGGUAUUUACCACCUCGGUUGGUGUUGACCACCUCGGUUGGUGUUGACCACCUGCUGUGACAGUAAAACAACUGCUGUGACAUAAUUGCCAUGAAAUUUACGUCUGUUUUAAUAUUUAUUUCCAAGUCAUUUAAUCUGUUCAAGACAUCAAGGAAUUUUGUUUUUCACUUCUAAUUUCUUAAUUUUUAGACUUGUUCUGAUAUGUUAAAGCCAUUUCAAACUGUUUUGCACAUUUCAACUCAUUGCUAUAUCUGGACGUGUGUUAGAAUUUCCACAUACAAUCAUUAUAUCUAUAUUUUGUAGAGCCUGUGUGUCUCACGGGCACAAACAGAAUGUGUCAUGGGCACUGCCAGGGCAUCUCAUGGGCACUGCCAGGGCAUCUCAUGGGCACUGCCAGGGCAUCUCAUGGGCACAGCCAGGGUGUCUCUUGGGCACAGCUAGGGUGUCUUAUGGGCACAGCCAGGGUGUCUCAUGGGCACGGCCAGGGUGUCUUAUGGGCACAGCAUCAUGUUUUGAGAGAAUGAAAUCAUUUUCUUUUUUGGGAGGAGAUUAAUUCAGUAUGAUGCUCUCUCGUUUCUCCCAUCUACAUACAGAUUCAUUCUUUGUUUUAAAUGUUUUAAGUGUUGAGGUUUUCUACUCAGGUCGACUGUAUGCCAUUGGAGGCUACAAUGGAAUGGAGCGAUUGGACACGGUGGAGGUUUAUGAUCCUGUUACAAAAAGGUGGAGCCGUGUUGCUGCUAUGCAGUGCAAGCGAAGGUAAACAAAAAAAAUAAAAAUCGAUAGAGCUUACCUUGUCAUUGUGACCAAAAAUUUAAGCUUAUUGUCAUUCCUUAGGUUGUGGUCAACCAAUGUUAUCAUUUGUUUUCUAGUCAGUAGAUUUUUAAAAAAUUAUUAUCAAAAUUAACUAUCACUUGCAUGAAAUAAUAUUUUUUUUUUUAAAGAGGCUGAAUUUGUUUCCUCGUUUCAGUGCACUUGGAGCUGUGAGUUUGAAUGGUCGUUUGCUUGUUUGUGGGGGCUACGAUGGAGUUACCUCCCUUAGAUCCUGUGAAACUUAUGACCCAGAAGCUAAUGUGUAAGUGAAUACACUCACACUUGCCUGUGUUAGUGAAUACACACACUUACCUGUGUAAGUGUAAGUGAAUACACACACCUAUCUGUGUUAGUAAAUACACACAUCUAUCUCUAAAGGGUUUCAGUAGGUGAUUCAGGAAUGUUUUAUGACUUAUUGAUACAUUCACGUUUCUUGUUGAGCAUGGAAUCCCUGAUGUCAGUGCAAACCAGAGCUUCAUUUAAAUAAUUUCUAAAUAAAUAAUUUAGAUGUCAAUAUGACUCCUGCUUCUUGGUUUAUAAAGUUCCAGCUGGUGUUAAGUUGGUUUAUAAAGUUCCAGCUGGUGUUAAGUUGGUUUAUAAAGUUCCAGCUGGUGUUAAGUUGGUAUAUAAAGUUCCAGCUGGUGUUAAGUUGGUAUAUAAAGUUCCAGCUGGUGUUAAGUUGGUAUAUAAAGUUCCAGCUGUAUCUUAUCUCUAUUAACUAUAUUACCAUUGAUGACAAUUUAAAUUCUUCUUGGAUGUUAACAUUCCAGCUGGUGUUCGAUUCAGCCAAUGAACAAACAUCGCAGUGCAGCUGGUGUGACGGUCCUGCACGGCAACAUGGUGGCCUGUGGAGGUCAUGAUGGCCUGUCUAUUUUUGAUUCAGUAAGUUGUCUCGUGAGGGUAUCGGUCGGUCAGUUAACAUUGGCUGCCCAAAAGUUUUGGCGCCAAGUCACAGCAAAAAUUGUUGUGAACAAAUUAUAGGAAAAUAUAAACGAAAUUAUUUUGACUGCAAGUAGCAAAUAGUUGCUAGGAAUCAGUGAAACAAAUAGCUGCCAGGAAUCAGUGAAACAAAAAGGUGCCAGGAAUCAGUGAAACAAAUAGUUGCCAGGCAUCAGUGAAAUUAUUUUGAGGCGUUAAAAUAAAUCUUGAGAAUAAUUAAUCUGCAUCUGCAUCUGCUAGACUGUAUAGAGACAUGAGUGUGCAGAUAAAGCCUAAGAUGAGAAAUGUCUUUUAAACACUCGUCAUUAACACUGAAAUGUGCUCCAGUGGAUCAUGUGGACUGCUUUAUUUUCUAUUUCAGUUGAAGGCCAUGUCAUUCUCCAAUAUCAAUAUAUAGAUGAAUUAAUGACUGUUCAACAUUUUUCUAUCAUUUUGGGCCAGUUGUAUUCCAUUUAAUAUCAGAAGAAAACAACACUUGGGCCCAAAUGAUACUUUUAUUUAUUUUUUUUUUAAGAUGGGGCAGAAACUGAAAAGUAAACGUGGUGAAUGACGAAAUCAACGGAGAGGGUGUUGAGCCACAUUAACCUGUGGCCUCACACCUUCUUUUGCGUAUUUUACAUUUUUAACUUUUUGCCAAUAAAUUGGAUUAUGUCUGCUGAAGUCACUUGUCCAAAUAACUCUGUGAUUUUUUGAGUCUUCACCUUACUUCAGUACACUUUGUGAUAUGUAAGCUUUCUGCAUUUGUCCGCCAUCAAACCAUCUUGUCACUAAAUUAUUUGAUCAUCAUUCUUUCCAAUUUAAUUUCUUUCACAGGUGGAAUCUUACAAUCCGUCAACAGGUGAGUGGAAGCAGCUUCCGACCAUGAAGUCCAAACGCUGCCGCCUAGGUGUGGCCACUCUGAAUGGCAAAAUUUAUGCGGUUGGCGGUUAUGAUGGCUGCGUGUUUCUCAAGACUGUGGAGAGAUAUGACCCUGACACGCAGACCUGGGAGAUGGUUGCGCCUAUGCAUGUGAGGACCCUCUAAUUUUAGUGUUGGGGUUGGCAAUGGUGACAGAGUUUUGUUGUAAAAGUUUCAAGUACAGCCGAGUCACUGACAUUAAAAACAUGAGAACCAUCAUCUCCUCAGACACGGCAGAUUGAAAUCAAUGAAUCCCAGUCAAGAUAGACAUUUUUUUAAAAAAUAUAUCUUAAAGUUGCUACCAGGACUGUAACUAUGGCAUUUAUUAGCUGUCUUACAUAGAUUUUUAAACAUUUCUUAAAGUCUACAUCAGGUCGUUGCAAUGCAAGUUAAAAUUUUUUUUUGAAAGCACUUUGAAAAAAUCUAAAUGCUGUGAACACAGCUAUUAUUUGAAUUUCAGUCAGGUUUGUGUCUAGAUUUAACUUUUUAGGGGGGGGGGGGGGGUUGUUACUUUUGUUUUUGUUUUUGAUUUUUAAUCUGCCACUGCUCCUCACUACUUCAAUGAACAUUACAUUCCUCUUUAACUCUGCUCCUCACUACAAUGACUAUUAUAUUCGACUUUGACUCUGCACCGACAGUGUGCACUACACAUGCAAUCUUGCUAUUGUUGGAGAGACUUUACCAUCACCUAGACAGUCCUAAAACAUAUGCCAGAGUGCUUUUCUUAGACUUCUUAUCAGCAUUUAACAACACUGUCCAACCACACCUUAUGAUAAAGAAAUUUUCCUCGUUAGGUGUCAAUUUAAAUAUUCAGGCUUGGAUACUGAACUUUUUAACAAAUCUACCACAAUCCGUCAAGGUAAAUAAUCAAUUCUCUCUAACCAGAGAAAUAAGCACCGGGGCACCACAAGGCCGCGUUCUCUCCCCUGUACUGUAUACACUAUAUACAAAUGAUAUUCAAAGCUCAAGCGACACAGUUCCAAUCUUAAAAUUUGCUGAUGAUACCACCAUUGUUGGCUUGAUAUCUGAAGGAGAAGGCCUAUACCGCAACUUAGUUACAAGCUUUAUCAAUUGGUGCAAUGAACAUUUUCUCCAGUUGAAUGUCUCAAAAACAAAGGAAAUGGUUGUUGAUUUCAGGAGGGGGAACACCAGAUUACAAAUAUCAACAUAAAAAAUCAAAAUGUGGAGAAAGUGGAGGCGCGCCAGUACUUGGGUGUCACCAUUAAUAAUAAGCUAACAUGGCACGAGCACGGCCAAAUGCUGUAUUAGAAAUUCAACCAAAGACUGUUUUACCUCAAAAAAAUACAAUUUUGGCGUAAACAAGCAAGUCGUUAACUUAUUCCUCAGUGCAACAAUUGGAAGCCUCCUUAAUUUCAGUAUUACCUGCUGGUGUGGGAAUUCAACUUCUGAUAUUAAACACAGCAUAAACCGACUGAUCAAGAAAGCUAGGAACAUAACACAAACUAAACAUCCUUCACUUGAAGAACUACUUGAAGAAAAAUGUUUUUGCAAAACUAAACACAUUUUGGAUGAUACAUCCCACCCUCUUCAUCACAGAUACUUAGGAUCGGGCCGUUCGGGACGAAUUCUUUCCAUCAGGGCGAGGACUGAAAGAUAUAAAAAUUCUUUUGUUCCCCAAUCUGUACGAAUUUACCAGCGUACUCCCUCUGAAGUCACACAUCUUAAUGAGAACUAAUAAGUCCCCGAUUUGGCUAAGAGAACUCACUGAAUGGCUGUUUGAACUAAUUUAUUAUAAAUGUCUUGUGUUCAAAUUGUUUCAUUUAUGACCUGAAAAUGUAUAAUGCAAUCAUAAAACAUUUCCAUUUGUUUGGAUCAAUAAAAGAAUCUUAUCUUAUGUUAUCUUAUAUUAAAAUGUGUCUCAUCAAAUCUUUUUCUCCAUUCACCAGGUCAAAAGGAGUCGUGUCUCGUGUGCUGCCACCUACGGCCGCCUGUACGCCAUCGGCGGCUAUGACGGGAUCACCAACCUCAACUCUGUGGAGAUGUUUGAUCCGAACACCAACGAGUGGAAGUUUGUGGCCAACAUGAGCGCCCACGAAGGGGGUGUGGGGGUGGGGGUCAUGCCGAUGGAGUCUUUCGCUGGAGACAAUUCUUUCAACCAGCAGGUGUGAGGCCGGGGUCAUGAAUACAUCCAGCAAGUUUCUUGUGAUGAAAACAAUUGAGUCUGUGUCAAUUAAAAGACUUGACAGCUGCCUUACAGCUGAAUUAUUUCCAAGCUACUAAAGGCAACAAAACCACAUAGAGACCAAUGGAAGUGCCUGGGAUGCAACAUAAAUAUGCCAUGAUGUAUUAAUUCAGUGUUUCCUUGAUUUGGG